GCACGCGCUGGCGCUGACGGAGCUGCCGGGGACGGUGCCCGGGGCCGAGGCGGCCGUGAAGCGCCUGGAGGAGGCGCUGGUGGCCAUGGAGGCGGGGGCCGAGCGUGUCCGGGCGCUCUCCGACACCGGCCGGAGGCUCCUGGGCGAGGGCGGCGUCCACGCCGAGAAGGUGCGGGAGACGGUGGAGUCGGUGGAGAGCAGGCACCAGAAGAACCGGGAAUCGGCCCAGGAGCUGCUGGGGCGGCUGCGGGACAACUGGGAGCUGCAGAAGUUCCUGCAGGAUGCGCAGGAGCUGACCCUGUGGCUCAACGAGAAGCUGCCGGUGGCGCGGGACGUGUCCUACGAGGGCACGAGGGACCUGCAGGGCAAGUGGCAGAAGCACCAGGCCUUCGUGGCCGAGCUGGCGGCCAACCGGGGCUGGCUGGAGGCCCUGGAGAAGGAUGGGCAGCAGCUGGCAGGGUCCCGUCCGUCCCUCUCAGGGCAGGUGACAGCCCCGCUGGGGGCCCUGCGGGCGCUCUGGGCGCAGGUGGAGGCGGCGGCCGGGGCCAAGGGCCGGGGGCUGGCGGAGGCGGCGCGGGCCGAGCGCUGUGCCCAGACCUGCGCCGGGCUCCGCUCGUGGCUCUCGGGGGUCCGGGCCCAGCUCCGCUCCGGCCACUGCGGCCAGGACCUGACCAGCGUGGGGGUCCUGCUGACCCGGCACCAGCUGCUGGAGACGCAGGCGGCGCUGCGGGAGCAGGAGGUGGAGGCGCUGCGAGCCCAGGCCGGGGGGCUCAGCCCGGGGCAGCCCCGCACCGGGGCGGUGCAGGCGCAGGUGCAGGACCUGGAGCGGCAGUUCCGGGGAGCUGCGAGGCCGCUGCGGGAGCGCGGCAGGAGCCUCGCGGCCACCAAGGAGCUGCUCCAGUUCCGCAGGGACCUGGAGGACGAGCUCACGCUGCAGAAGGAGCUGCAGGGCCGCGAGCGCCGCGUGGCCGAGCUGCUGGAGCGGGGUCCCAGCGGCCGGGGUCCCCGGGGAGGGGGUCCCCCGUCGGGGGCGGCCCGGGGGGUCCCGGCCCUGCGCGAGGCGUGGCGGGAGCUGCGGGCGCAGGGCGAGCCGGGCGCCCAGGCCAUGCUGAGCCGGCACCUGGGGCUGGAGCAGGAGCUGCGCGACUACGGCCGCACCGUGGAGCUGCUGCUGCAGCAGGGCCGGGACAUGGCGGCCUCGGGACACCCCGACAGCGACAGGCUCCGUGCCCGGGCGGCCCAGGUGCAGCGCCUGUACACGGGGCUGUGCCACCUGGCCGGGGAGCGCCGGGCCGCCCUGCAGGGCCACCACCGGCUGUGCCAGCUGCGCCGGGACAUGGACGACCUGGAGCAGUGGAUCGCCGAGAGGGAGGUGGUGGCGGCGUCGCGGGAGCUGGGCCAGGACUACGAGCACGUCACGCUGCUGCGUGACAAGUUCCGGGAGUUCUCCCGGGACACGGGCGGGCUGGGGCAGGAGCGGGUGGACGCGGCCAACGCGGCGGCGGCGGCGCUGAUCGCCGGGGCCACCCGAGCGCGCGCGGCGGUGGCGCAGUGGCAGGCGGGGCUCAACGAGGCCUGGGCCGAGCUGCUGGAGCUCGUGGCCACGCGGGCGCAGGAGCUGGCGGCCGCCCACGACCUGCAGCGGUUCCGGCGCGACGCGCGCCAGGUCCUGGAGCACCUGAGGGACAAGGAGCGCCAGGUGCCCGAGGAGCUGGGCCGGGACCUGCGCGCCGCGGAGGGGCUGGAGCGGCAGCACCGCGCCUUCGAGCACGGCGUGCAGGCCCUCAGUGCCCAGGUGUCCCAGGUUCAGGAGGCCGCAGCCCGCCUGGCCGGGGCGUACGCGGGCCCGCGGGCGGAGGAGCCGCGGGCGCAGGAGCGCUUGCGCCUCCUCGGGGACACCGUGGAGCAGUUCCGGUUCCUCCGCGCCGCCCGCGACCUCCGGCUCUGGAUGGACGGGAUGCACCUGCAGCUCCAGGCCCGGGAGCGCCCCAGGUGA